AACAGCGGCGGCGUGACGUGCGCUAGCGUACGCUAAAAAUAUAAUAAAGAGUAUAACUUAUAACUUAUCGAAAAAUUCAAUUCGUUUGUGAUUCAGGGAUUUGAAUUGUGAUUUUAUUUCGUGUAUAUAACAUAUUUGUAAUUGCAUCGAGAUGUCGCUGUUUUCAGUUCGAGUUCUGGAUGUGAUUUAGUGUGUUUUUGUGUCGAAACUUUUUGGUGGUGUGGUCGAGUACUUUUCUCUUAAUUACAGGUUACGGAACGUUUUGGACAUGACGUCUGACAACGCAUUGAAUUCGCAACGGGUGUUCAAGAAAUCGUCACCCAACAAUAAAUUGACCUUGUACCUGGCUUCGAGGGACUUGGUGGUUGAAAACGGCAGCAUCGACAGGAUUCAAGGGGUGCUGCACGUGGAGGCUGACUGCUUGGAGAACAACAAGAAACUGUAUGGACAAGUCACUUUGACAUUCAGGUACGGUCGUGAAGAUGAGGAGGUUAUGGGUCUGAAGUUCUGCAACGAGGCUAUCAUGAGUCUCGCACAGGUCUGGCCGGUGCAUUGUUCUCACGAGAGAGAGCCGAACACUCCAUUACAGGAUGCAUUAAUAAAACGCCUCGGAGCCAACGCGUUUCCUUUCCACUUGGAGCUGACUCCACUGGCGCCGCCAAGCGUCCAACUUGUACCCGCCAAGCAGUACCACGGCGCCCCUAUCGGAACCUCAUACGACGUUCGAGCAUAUGUUGCAGAGCGACCUGAUGAGAAAGUUUCGCGGCGGAACACGGUCCGUAUGGGUAUCAGAGUUUUGCAAGGUCCUGGGAAGUCAGUGAUACCGGCCGUGUUGCCCCCUAAUUCUCCGCAUCACACCCUCUCCGCGCUGGCUCAUCACAAUGUGCUCAGAUUGAAAAGCAAAACGAAGCUGGACGCAGAUGAAAACUGCCGCCCUAAAAGAGACGAGAUCGAGAGCUCGGAACACCAACCGCCUCGGGCUACCGUCGAAAAACCCUUCCUACUCUCUGAUGGCAGGGUUGAGUUAGAAGCCUGGCUAGAUAAAGCUAUGUACUCGCACGGAGAGCCUGUCAAAGUUAGCGUUGCGGUCGCCAAUCACUCGUCGAAGACUGUCCGAAGGAUCAAGACUCUAGUGGUGCAGCACGUCGACGUGUGCAUGUUCUCCAACGGAAAGUUCAAGAACGUCGUCGCUCUGCUGAAAGGGAUCGACACCCCCGUGAUGCCGGGACAAACGCAUACUGACACCUAUACUCUAACUCCACACAGAGGAGUCACAAAAAAUUGGAUAGCCCUAGAAGACUCUUACUCGAAAUCCGGCGCCUGUCUCGCUUCCACGGUCAUCUCGAACAAUACACCGGAAGACAGAAAUGUGUUUGCCAUAUACGUCUCUUACUACGUGAAAGUCAAACUCACACUAAGCGCUAUGGGCGGAGAUCUCUCGGUCAAACUGCCCUUUGUUCUCACACAUUCCUGCAUCAACGAAGCGCCGACCGACAGCGUCAUAGAAGAAGCCACACACAAAAUGAUACUCGAAGGCAAAGAGAACAGCGAAGAUGAAGAUAGUAAGGCCGAGAACGAGAAUGAUAAACAGAAUAACAACAAAGACGCCCAAGCACAGGAGACAGCGUUCGGGGAUGAGGAAGGCGAAGUCAAAUCACCUGAUGUUCAUCGCUGCCUGGCAGACGUCCUAGUCAACAUAGAGAACCAACUGGACAGGCCCAAGAAAUUCGAAGGGGAAACUGAGGUGCGAACCGUACAACCUGAUCAAGAGGAACUCGACCUCAUAUCAAAAUAUCCCGGCUCGGACACGUGAUCCGACGAGGGACCCCACGAACGAGGUCAGGGAGCCGAAAAGACUGAGCCACACAGGAUCCAACCGGAAGUGACAAAAUGCAAAGCCGAGGACCAAAUGCAGAAGUCUGGCUUCGCGGAGAACCUUAAAAAAGCUGUAUGCUGCAUCGACAGGAGACGUCAAUCGUAGCUCUGUGAAUAAUUGUAAUUUAACAGUUUUAAAGCUUAUUUAUAAUGUAAUUGGAAUUAACUCAAAAUUAUUGUCGUUUAGAUUUGAGUAGAACCAAUCUGUAUUCCUAUUUGUUUAGACUAGAUCAAAACGAAAAAUACCUAUUCUGAAAUACCUAAUUCUCUGCGAAACUUAAGAAAUUGAAAUCCGAACCGACAAAGUUAAAUAAAUUUAUCUGGAAUUUAAUAUUUCGAAUUCGAGUUACGACUAUCACUGCGUUCCUUGUAAUCCUAGUGGUUGUUUCAUUGUAAAAAUUAACAUUUUUAUUAGGUAAUAAGAUUCGAAUAAGCCGGUCACAGUCAUAAAGCCUGAAUGAAGAUUACGCUUACUAAAACGUAGCCAGAGUUAGUCACGAAUAUAAAUACGUUUACUUUAAUUGUAUAAUAUAAUUAUUUAUUACGUAUCUAUAAUAAAAAAUAUAUUUAACGUUAGAAAUGUAACUUAGAAUCUAAUUUUAAGUUUUAUCCGAUUAUCUUCUAAUUAUUAUUAAAGGAAAUAAAACA